AUGCGAUAUAUCCCCCGGACAGUCCCUCUCAAUCGCUGUGUCCGGUUCAGGUCCACCCUCUGCUUGCCAGUCUUCUCCUGCUUUCGUCCCUGUACCCUCAGCAAUCGCUCGGUUCCAUCUGCUUCAUAUUCUCUUCGUCUCCAGUCCACCAUGGCCGAUCUCAUCGAGCUCGCAAAGCAAGCUGCUGGAAAAGCAGCCGUGGAGAACCACUACCCCAAGAAUGCCCAGUUUGUCGGCAUUGGUAGUGGCUCUACGAUUGUCUACGUCGUGGAUGCUAUAGUGAAAUCCGGCAUUGACACAUCAGCGACCAAAUUCGUGCCUACAGGCUACCAGUCCAAACAGCUGAUCACCAACGCGAAGCUUACAGCUGUAGAUCUCGAUGCUCUACCGGAAGGAACAGUGCUCGAUGUCGCCUUCGACGGCGCAGACGAGGUGGACGACGAGUUGAAUCUCAUCAAGGGCGGUGGUGCUUGCCUCUUCCAGGAGAAGAUUGUGGCUCUACAGGCCAAGGAGUUUAUCUGCGUUGCCGAUUCGCGCAAGUUACAAAACCGCCUCCUCUCCGGCUGGAAAUACAUCCCGAUUGAGGUCGCACCUAUCGCCGCUGCGCGAGUCCUCACUGCUCUCAGACAACUGGGUAGCAUUCAGCCGGCUAUCCGUCUUCAAGCUGCCCAGAAGGAGGGCCCUCUGCGGACCGACCAAGGUUUCUUCAUAAUCGAUGCGCCUUUCAAGACUCUUUUGAACAAGAAGGACGUAGCUGCUGGCCAGGACGGUACCGGCAAGGAUGGCAUCUGGGAAGUCGAGGCCCUCUCUGUGGCUAUCAAACAAAUUCCCGGUGUGCUCGACGUGGGUAUUUUCUCUGGUUUAACUGGUCCCCAGGCCCAGGCCGCCGGUGGCAUCGGAGGCCAGAAGCCUAUUGCGGCUUAUUUCGGUUCGGCAGACGGCACAGUAACCGUCAGGAAGGCAGCGCUUUGA